CUCUUAUCACUGUGUUCGUUCCUUUCCAUAUACACGUCCUUCCAAAGUGCAGAGUCCGAUGGCAACUGUACUGUUACAUCCACAGUGUUACUAGUUCGCGAUAAUGACGAGCAAUCUUCGUGAAAGAUAUAAUACAGUUAUGGUAAAUGCGAAAAACGUAGAGAAAUGAGACGAUGUUUGUUCUGGAGUUUACUUCGUAAGACUCCGCUUAAAUUACUACUUUAAGUAUGAAAGAUUUUGCAGCAUCUAUUAAAAUUAAAUUUGUCGCUUUAUUUUUGUUAAUUACACACGUGUGAGUUGAAGUAAUUAAGAUAACGCAAGGUUGCAAGAUUCUUUCGAAAGAGAUCAUGGAUAUCGUUGUAAAGUUGAACGAGCAAACGGCAGGGAGAGACAAAAUAAUCAGGUAUAUAUAGGUUACUACAAUAUGGAAGUCGAGCAUAUUGGUACUACGCUCAAAAUAUGCAUAGCACAAGAUACUCCGCAGAAAUUUUAAGGAGUUUGGAAUUCACUUUUAGCUCAUUUCGAAAACUACUGCGCUUUGGAAGAUGCUUAGACAGCUUCUAUUCUGCCCUAAAAAUGAUCAAGUAUCCCGAUCCUACGGUUCGAAUAACAUUAAUCGUGGCAAAGAUAACAAAUGCUUUGUACUUGAUGGCAGAUCAUUUCAUCUGGAUUGGCAGAGUAGGAAUUUUACGUGUCGAUCUAGAAAAAUGGAAUAAAGUUGCUAAUAAAUAUUGGCUACUAACCAUCGUUAUGAGUUUGACGAGAGAUAUUUACGAGAUUGUCAAGAUUUUGGGACACGAGAAGACGGCAUUUAAACAACAUCAUAUAUUAUCCUGUUUAAAAAAUCACAAAAAAGUGAUGAUGGAUACAGUUAAAAACGGAUGUGAUUUAUUCAUUCCAUUGACAGCAUUAGGUGUCACAAAAUGUACUCCAGGUACAAUAGGUUUUCUUGGGAUAAUUUCUUCCUUGAUUGGUUUGUACACAAUUAUCGAUCCACUUUAUAAGUUGUCCCCAUCCUAAGACGAUUCAUAAACUCGUAUACUCACUCGUCGUACUCCUAUACGAUGGUAUACGCGUAUAAUGUAUAUAUUCUUUAUGUCAUUCGUACAUGAUGUACACAUAUAUGGUUAGAGAGAAAGAGAGAGAGAGAGAGAGAGAGAGAGAGAGAGAGAGAGAGAGAGAGACAGUUGCGCACAAGUGUACAUAGAAACAGAAGCAAUAUUCUUAUAUUAAAAUGUUGAACACGUUUAUACGUAGUUGUGAUUAAAUGGAGAAAAUAUAUGGGAUUUAUAUAUA